AGCCACGAGGGAGCUUCUGGUGCGCGUCCCAGGCGAGUCUGCUCCUAAUCGGGUUGGUUCCCCGGGACUUGCUGCCAAGGGGAACGGGCGGCGACGGCAGGGCCGGAUCCGCCGCGUGCUCAUGGGCAAGUCGAUCCAGGCCUAGGACGCAGACCUUAGAGGGGCGCACGACUGACCUUGGAGGGGCACCGUUUUAUACAAGUUCGUUAUUGUCAUAAAGUUCUGAAAAUAGUUUGCUUUUAUAGUUUGAAAUGUUUUAUCCUUUCUGCAAGACGUCUGUUUUGGAAAAUAGAAGUUUGCAAUAGUAAUUAUUAUUACUAGUGAAGCGAUUUCGAGUUGCAGGGCUGGGAAUGUGCCGGAAUGGCAACUGCCAGCCAUAUUGGUCUCGUACAAUCAUAGAGUUGGGCGGGAUCCUGAGGAUUAAUCCAGUUCCAGUCCCAACGCUCUGCAAUGCAGGACUAUGCAGCUGACCCUUAUAGGGAUCGAACCUGCAACCUCGGCGUUGUCUGCACUACGCUGCAGCCAACUGAAUUGUCCCGCUGUGUUUCCAGCAAACAGACAGCCAAGUGCCCAGAUUCUAAAGGAGUGAGUCUGGCUCACAUGUGAUCUGGAAGUCGGUUGUAGUAGCACUCCUUAUUGUGGGAGGAAUGGGGUAGGAGGAAUGAGUCAGGAUUGUGUGCCAGAAGGAACAGAAAAUGUCAGAUGCCUCUGCUUCUUUUCUUGGUUCACUGUUGGUUGCUAUCUUGGGCCCAUUUGUGGUCACCUUCUAUUCCUGGCACAUGAGCCAUUGCAGCAUGAAUUCCUCCAGUUGUGCGAAGACUGCAUGAAACGAUCUGCAAGCCGAUCUGCAAGCCGAUCCACGUGGGGAAACGUAUCACCCAUUUAGUAUAGCCUGUACAGACAUUAUCUCAGUCACCUUUACAACUGUUACCAGUAUUACUACUGUUGUAAUGCUGUGAAAAACCUGAGGCUGAUGGAAUAGUGACCUGCCUGAAUACACAGUCCUAUGCACGCUUGCCAGGAAGCACUUUACAUUUGUGCAAAAAAAAAAAAGUUUUUAAGUCACGUAAUUGAUUAUAGAGCUACCCGUCAGUGCAUAUAGUUUACAAAAAAAGUGAUAUUUUAAACUACAGCAUAGACUAAUUAAAAACCAACAAGCAAAAAAAUCCACACUGCAAAGCAAAAAUUGGCUCCUCUGUGCAAGCUUCUUAAAAAUAAACUGAGGGUGCACUAACACAAGGAGCCUAAGCGAGAAGGAUCAGAGGGUGGGAGCAAAGUUAACUGGGGUAACAUUGGAGUGGAGUCCCUAAGACGAUUGAAUGGUGCCUUGUACACCUGCCUCUGGCAACUCCUCCAGCCAAGCUGGUGCCAAACAUAUUACUACUCUUCAUUCCCAUCAGCGAGGAGCACACUGCCCAGGCUUGCGCCCCAGGGAGGUCACUUCAGUGCUGCUAAUACAGCUGUUUGGCUUCACCCUGGAGGCGCACUCCAUUGUCUCCCAAGACAGUAAGAUGCCAACAACUACAUUAACAACAGGGUUUAUCUAUUACCGUACCCAUAAAAUUGUUCACAUUAUCCAGCACCCAUCCUUCAUUGAGGCUGGCAGUCACAGAGGUCUGCUGAGCUUGGCCUGGUGAUAGGAUGGAGGAGUUGGACCCAGCAGGUUCGACUCAACUUCUCCUACAGUUGAGAUUAGGUAAAGGUAAAGGUACCCCUGACCGUUAGGUCCAGCCGCGGAUGACUCUGGGGUUGCGCGCUCAUCUCGCUCUAUAGACCAAGGGAGCCAGCGUUUGUCCGCAGACAGCUUCUGGGUCAUGUGGCCAGCAUGACUAAGCCACUUCUGGCGAAACCAGAGCAGCGCACGGAAACGCCCCGUUUACCUUCCUGCCAGAGCGGUACCUAUUUAUCUACUUGCACUUUGACAUGCUUUUGAACUGCUAGGUGGGCAGGAGCAGGGACCGAACAACGGGAGCUCACCCCGUGGCGGGGAUUCGAACCGCCCUUGUGGUCUCUUCCAACUCUAUGAUUCUGAUCGGCAAGCCCUAGGUUCUGUUUAGACCACGUCCCUACAGUUGAGAUUAUGAGUGUUUAAAUGCUUGAACAGGACUAUGUAAGUCAAAGAAUUUAGCUUUCUGAGUACAGAACUUGUAUCUGAGCGCAGGAUUUUAAUUUGUUGAUGUGGUGCUGUUGUUGUUGAGUUCUCAGCCCUGGGGAAGCUCUCGGGUUCUUGCCUUCAUCUGUUCUUCCCAUUAAGUGGAGGCAGAAGCCUCUGGGAAGCCAGGUGCUAUUUGUUGUAUUAACUGAUACAACUGUAUUAACUGAAACGUGUAAUAUCUUGCCUUUCCCUUGUGUGUGUUUAUGAGAGUUUGACUAUGCUGUUCCCCUGAGGCCAUGUUCUUAGGAAUACACUCAGGCAGUGGUAUCUACCUCUGAAAAGGAUGUUCAAGAGCAGGCAUCCCCAAACCUCGGCCCUCCAGAUGUUUUGGACUACAAUUCCCAUCAUCCUUGACCACUGGUCCUGUUAGCUAGGGAUCAUGGGAGUUGUAGGCCAAAACAUCUGGAGGGCCGCAGUUUGGGGAUGCCUGUUCAAGAGGGCACGUCUUAAAUCUGUAGUGUUCACAUCUGGGAAUGUAUAGUGCUGGGUUGUUUUCCCCCCAGCAGGUGGACUACAUUCAGGGUCAAACUGCAUGUUAUGUUCUUUAAAAACAUGCUUAAUUCAGCUGCUUUUGUUUUAAAGGAAAAAGAGCUGGUUAGCCACCGUUGCUGGUAAGGGGAGGCAAUUUAAUAGUGAACGAUAAAUUACAAUCUUUCAUCUUUUCCUCUGCCCUGCUGCAAAGGCUGGAAAAGAGGAAGAGGAGCGAUCCCCCAACUGGGAAGCCCCUUGAAGCCCACCCUCUGGCGCAGUGUUAGAAACUCAAAUAUAUAUGCUAGGCGCCAAAUGGCCCCCUUAAACGAAGGUUGCAGUCACCAAAACAGAAAGUCUGGUUGCCAUUUUGGGCCAAGUCUUAUUUUUCAAAUGAUGGACUGACUGUGAUUGAUUCAUCUGGUUGGUUCAGCUGACAGCCUUGAGCUAAGGUUAAGAGCCUUGAGAACUUAAAGAAGAAAAGUGACUUGAUCAAACGACAGUCCACAUCUAUAUUGGCCCAUUCCAACCUCUUUUUGCAAAUGGUGACUGCUCAGGCUUCACAGGGGGGAAAAAAGGAAUUUGGUUCCAGAAAUUCAUUCCGAUUGUGCAGAUAAAAUAUAACCGAUAGAAUUCUACAGGAUGGAGUAUUUGUGUGUGAAAGCAAUACAGAUCCAACGAUCCCCAAAUGUUGGAUAUGUCAGGUAGCACAGGUGCCAACACCCUUGGUGCCCGAGCACCUACAAAAUUCCCCCUUGAAGGGGCCGGGCACCCACAAAAUUCAGUGCCAGGGCCAUGCACGCUGCAUGGCACCAUGGUCAUGGAGCCAUGUUGGCACUCCUGUCAAAUGUCAUCCUGGCACCCAGGCAUCUUCACUUGGUUCCAAGUGGUUGAAAUGCGCCUGGCUAAUUUCAAACCCUGUGUGCCACCCAACCACAACUCCGCCCUUGGUAACUUUGCCAGCUUUGCUUGCCAAGGUAGUGCCAUAGCUCACGUUCUUCCAAUGUAGUGGGACUUCUGUUGAAAUCUGCCGACUCCCAGCUGGUAUAUCUUCAGGAAAAGCACGGGCCCUUCGUCUCCAGAGACCCUGCACACUAUAACAACCUUCUAUAUCCCAAAUAUCCCUUUGAAGCAGAAAGGGAACGGCAUCUUACCGGGGCCAGCUGUGCUCCUUACUCUGAAGGUUGUCCUCCGUCAUAAAGAUAGAUAGAUAGAUAAACUUUAUUUCGGCCGGGUUGUCCUCCGUCAUAAAGAUAGAUAGAUAGAUAGAUAGAUAGAUAGAUAGAUAGAUAAACUUUAUUUCGGCCAUAGGCCCAUAACACACAGCAAACAAGGAUAAAACAGUAUAAAACCGUCAUACAUAAAAACAAUCAGACAAAAUAAAAACAUAAAAACAAUCAGACAAAAACAACCCCCUCAUACAAGGAACUUAUGUACAACAUAUUUAAACGUUUCAAGUAAUUUUGUGGGGCUUUUAGCUAUGGUUAAAACGGUAGUACUUUGCAGGCCUUCCUUGCUCAUUCAUCAGAUCUGAAGGUUACUCGAAUGAUGUGACUUGAUAUCAGUAAUCGUAAAGUAAAUUAUGCUGCUUUUUGUAAGAAAGAACUGAAAUCAAAUAUCUUGCUACAAGUAGUGUUCUGGUCGAAUCAUCAUCUUGCAGCAGGUAUGUUAAUUGGGACUCCGGCGGCUUGUCCAUGAUUUCCAGAAUUAGAGGCUACAAGAUUCUAGCCCGAGCGGGCAUGUGGUAGAGGGAUUCUAUUGUUCUGUUGUCACACGUGCAUGAAACUGAAAUUUGACCUUUGGAAAACCUGUGCCCCAGGACAUUGGAUGGGAAGACAUUAAAUCUUGCUUUAAUGAAGGCGAAUCUGUGGGCUGCGACAGAAAGAACAGACAGAUAAGAUGGAAUCUGAGGCAUGGGCUAUAUGCCUUGAUUCAACGGGAAACAUGUACCACCACCCGUUAUAAUAUUUUGAUGGAAAUCAAAGUUAUCUAGUUUUUGAAUGUCCUCCUUCAUAAAGCGUCCUCAGAACAACUCUAGAAGGUUAUUCCUGGCCUAGCCUUCCAACUGCCCAACAGCCAGCCCUCUCUGACCUGCUACCCUUCUGCUAACCCAAGCUGCGCCCGCGCACAUCCCUUGAGACGGCAGAGGGGGGCUCUGCUUGCGAGAAGCAUCUCUGCAAGCUGAGCAGAAGACAGACACAGUGGGUUAGGUCUUUGGUUCACGGCCGGGUCUCUCUCAUCAUCAUCUGUCUAUAUUCUGCGACGGUAAAAGAACGGGAGGCUCAGGGUUGGGCCAGGAAAGGCCAUCUAAAGAUGUUUCAUCUUCUCUCAACAAACAAGCCCUCUGAACGGAAGGAGAAAUAAUUGGUUUCUUUCUGCCAGCCUUGUUGCAGGAAUUGCUGUAUCCAUUGGAAACAGUUUCCAUGGUGCAUUUUAAAAAUGUACUUAGUUAUUUUCUGCUUUUGGAGGCAACCGUUUUCCCCGCCGUGCUAUCAUUUAUUUAUUUGCAAGAAUUGUAAGUGGUGUGCAUGCUGCACUUAUAGUUAAAGGAUUUGUAUAUUCGGCAGAGUUUCCAGGUGGUUUGCAAAUAAAAGGAUGGAGGGGAAGGGGUGAUGGAGUUAGGAGACCCUCUUUCCGGCACUGGGGACACAUCCUAGUCCUGGUUCUCACAAAAAUCAAGCGAAAUGGUAAACCUGUUUCUGGACAGGUUGUGCCCAGGUGCAGGUAGGGCGUUCACAAGGUUGAGCUCUCCUUGCUUUAAAAUAAAAUAAUGAUAUCCCCGCAAGCAGAAAGCAAGCAUGUCAGGGAAAAUGUGUCAUCCCGAUCAUCUAAUUAUUGGCGCAGAGGGAUUGUUGCUUUUGUAUGGAAGAGCAUCCAGUCGUGACGCCUGAAGUGAUGCUUGUCUGCUGCUAGUGAGAAUGUGAAUGUAGAAGCAGAUGUUUUAAGGUAUCCAGCUACUGAUUAGUGAUCCCAUCUCAGCCACUGACUCUCAGUUUCUAACUGUUCGGAUGCUAUCCUCAGGAGGCAAACAACAACAGCCCUUGCCUACAUGAAGAGGUCAUUCCGCAGUGCUUCAAAAGCUCUUCGCAGCAAUGCUAUUUUAGAGCAAGCCCCUGAGCAUGUGAAGAGUGAGGUGUGGUCGCCAGGUUAAAAGCACCCUGGUGGGAGAACUGGAUUGUUCCAAGGGAUCCCUGUGUUCAGGGUCAAAAAUGUGUGCAAUGGCUUUGAACACACCCACAGCUGCUCUGUUGCAUCAAUCGGGUGUGUGUGUGUGCUGUGCUUCCCACUGCAAACUUCGCCAAGGCGAAUGCCCUUGAUGAAGGUGGAGCAGUAAAUGGAGAACCCCUCACCUUGCCAGGAUUCACUCACUCAGCGAAUGUCAAACCAAAACCACAGGCUGCUGCUGCUGUCAGUUAAGGGCUGUCCUAGCAAGGGGGCCGGUUGCAUAAAGUGUAAAGCAUGUCCUGGCCAAAUUGGGGCAGCUGCCGCCGCCGCCUCCGACUCUCCCUCUCCUCUGGCAGUGCGCCACACAGACACCCUUCGGAUUUGCCAAUGAUUAGCACACUGACGUCUUGGCUCCCCCCCCCUGCUGUGAGCAGAGGUUGCCAGGGCUCCAAAGUCCACAGGGGAGGCGCUGGCCCAAACGUCACGGCCUUGCAUUCUGGCAUUGCCCAACACGCUGUGUUCCGCUGCGAGGCUUCCCCAUGUCGCCACAGCCAAGGGGCACGGGAUUUGGUGGCACGGCUGGAGCCAUCUUGACCUGCCCUUUGGAGGUGGUGAAGACCCGCCUGCAGUCUUCCUCGCUGGCCGUGAGGCCGCUUUGCCUCCCUGCCGUGCAGAUGCAAGGGGUGAGCGGAGCAUUGAUCCGCCCCGGACUGCCCUCCGUAGGGGCUCUUCAGCUCUUGAGAACCAUCCUAGAGAAAGAAGGAAUCCGCUCCCUCUUCCGAGGCCUGGGGCCUAAUCUAGUCGGAGUUGCGCCUUCCAGGGCCAUUUAUUUUGCUGCAUAUUCGGGUGCCAAGGAGAAACUCAACAUGGUGUUUGCGCCAGAGUCUAAGAAGGUUCACAUGCUUUCGGCAGCCUGUGCAGGAGUCACUGCCUCAACUUUGACAAACCCCAUCUGGCUGGUGAAGACCAGAAUGCAGCUGGAAGCCAGGGCCAAAGACGAGCGACGCACCAGCGGCCUUCAAUGUGCCAUGCGCAUUUACCACACGGAGGGCCUGCGAGGCUUUUACCGCGGGAUCACUGCCUCCUAUGCUGGCGUCUCUGAAACCAUCAUCCACUUUGUUAUCUACGAGGCACUGAAGCAGCGACUCAGAGAGCAUCGGUCGUUCCUGACUCCGACUCCUAUCUUUUCACCAAGCAGCCAGGACUUCCUUGGGCUGAUGGCAGCAGCCGCGGUUUCCAAAACAUGUGCAUCAUGUAUUGCCUACCCACACGAGGUCAUCCGGACGCGGCUGAGAGAAGAGGGCUCGCGUUACCGCUCCCUUGUGCAAACUCUGCAGCUUGUGGUGAGAGAAGAGGGCCCUGCCGCUCUUUACCGUGGGCUCCUGACUCAUUUGACCCGCCAGAUCCCCAACGCAGCGAUCGUCAUGGUCACCUAUGAACUAAUCAUUCAUUUGGCGACAAAAAUGUGAUUCCUUUCCCAUCCCUGAGAAUUGGCUGCUGUUGGCAAGUGCCUUUAGGAAUGUGAAGCCUUUGAUAACGAUCACAUUUCCCCCAUUCCAUGCUUCGAUGCUGUGGGGAGAGGCUCGAAAACUAGUAGCCAGCCUGUAAUCUUUUGUUUUGCGAGCCUCGGUAACUGAAGGACGUCUUCAGGUGUGCUGGGCCUCUCGUCAGAUGCCUUAAAAGGCAGCAGUGGGCAAGGGACCACUCGAAGAUGCAUUUGGACAGGUGCAAGAGUUUUACGUGCAGAAGAAACAAUGCAGAAAUGUAGGGCUGCGGAGGGCGGUUCGGUUGGCAAACGCUCUUCCCCAGUGGCCAGGCUCCAGUGUGCUGGUUGUGCAAUUCAGUGCGGAGGAAGUGUUCUGCUCCACUUCCCCUGCAGCCAGAGUCCGGCUUGCCAGUUGGCCGGGAAGGGAGAGGGUUUGUAUGGAAGCCACGUAAAAUGAAAGAAAAGCAGCGGGGAACUCUCUCCAGGAAGCAGGGUGGUCCAUCAGUGGUUAGUCUCAAAGGGGGGACCCCCCUCCCCUGGCACUGACACCCUGCAGUGAGCCUCCGACUCUUGCCGAAGACACAGAUGUUUCCUUCCUUCCCUUUUGACGCCAACUCCCUUUUGAGCUUGCCACUGGCAACUUGCCAUCUCUCGAAGGCAGGCAGGGCAGCUGCGCCCUUGGAAGUUCAUGGGUCAGCUCCUGGCCCCUUGCUCACGGAAGCACAUAAGCAACACAGUCAAACAGCCCUGGGGUGUGUGGUCCCUGCUGCAAAGAGAAAUGGCUCACAGUGGACCACUGGCAGGCUUACUUUCUAUUGCCUUGCUUGUACAGUGGACGCUCGGGUUGUGAAUGUGAUCCGUGCGGGUCGCAAUUCAGCACUUCUGUACAUGCGCAAACCGUGAUUUAGCGCUUCUGCACGAGCGCGGAAACCCGGAAGAACCCGAACGGGGUUCGCGUGGUACACAACCUGAAGUGUCUGUAAUCCGAGGUAUGACUGUAUAUGUAGAGUAUUCCCACUGUAGAGCUUGCCUUCCCCUAACAGGGGGGGGUCAUGGGGAGAACAAAGGCAUCUAGGGUGGGCUGUCUUUCGAGGGGGCAGGAGGUUGCUGCGCUGUGACGGGGUGGAGAGCAGCCUGAAAGUGAAAUUUGGUGUGUCCUGCUGUGCAUAGCUUUAUGGGGGUUCACUGAGUUCUGACUCCAUUUGUUGCAUAGGAGUAAGGAUGCAAGACAUUCUUGGACAAACCGAAAUUAUUAUAUGUUUUAAGUUAAUGUUUUUUAAUAAAGUAUUUUAUUAAUUAAAAAAACCAAUGUUAACACAGUU